AUGUCCGCCAAUAAACGAGCCCGCAUUGACCACAAUGAUGGCCGCCGUGGCCGAGAGCAGGAAUAUGGAUUAGAGCAAAAGGCUCGCAAGGCCUGCAUCAACUGCAGGCGACAGAAGAUGAAAUGCGUCAUCGAAGACAGCCGUAGAGAUUGUCGCCGAUGCCUUCGCUCUGGCCUUCCGUGCAUCUUCGUGCCUCGUGCAAAUGCUGCCACGCUGCCGGAGGCCGUCUUAGGCCUUAACGAGGGCGAUUUCAAGUCAAAUGUCCUACGUAGGCUAAAGGCUAUUGAAGACACCCUUGGCCUCUCUGAUGAAGCUCCUAGAAUAUCUACUGAAUCUGUAGUUGCUGGUGAUGUGGAGUCUGAUGAGGAUGAGGACUUGUACUCUGCCGGCUUGGGUGCGCUGUGGGAUGCAGCCGUAGUGCUACAAAGCAGUGCUCCCAGUUCUGUGCCCCAAUCAAUCUGGCGUAAGAGCACAGUCAAGGAUUUAUGGCUAUCGUUUCAUGAACGAAUGCCCGGUCUUCAUUUUAUGCCCCGCAAGCAGACGUUCUCUGCACCACAGCCGCUACUCCUAGCAUCAAUCUUGUAUUGUUCGAGUAUGCGUGGGCCUCCAGACAUGGCGGAGAUGGCACCCCAUUAUUUCACCGUGUUAUGCAAUGCGAUUGCGCAACUUUCAAUCCCUAGUAGUGUAAUCGGCAGAACACCAGAGGACAGCGAGGAGUGGGCAUUCCAGACCGUCCUAGGGCUUGUGAUUGCUGGGCUUCUCACGGAGGCCACCGUCCGCGAAACUGGGAUAUGGAUUUCAAUAGCAUACCGGCUCAUCUUGGAGCACUGCCCGGCUCAUAUCGACGAGACAUCACGGGAGUGGCGAAAGCUGUUCAGCGGGGUGCAGAUCAUUGAUCUAGAGCACGCCUCUCUUCACCUAUCAUGCCCCGUUAUACCCAUUGAGUCACCCCUGCCCGGGCUUCGGACAUCGCCCCGCGAUCAACUUUACCGAUUAUCUCGAAUGAUGCGUACCGGACUCACGCAUUUCACCGGUCGGGGAUUACCUACCAUUUGGUCUUGCUUUGCUACUGAUCAAGCGCCGAUGGGAGUGAACUUGACCGGAAGCUUUACCGCCAUUGACGGAGCAGUAAUUAGAGACUGGGCGAGACAGCUAGAUGAAUGGCUUGUCGAUUUUAGCCAAGGCUUGGAGGGAUCGGAUCAGGACCUGAAAACAGUGUUCCGUCAAUACGUUCUUCAUCGAUUGGUUGUCCUGUCAAUAUAUCACCCAGGUAGGGGCUGUGACCUAUGGUCUAAUACCAUCACGCCGAAGGAACAAUAUGAAUUGCUCCUCUCAGCUCGUGCGACACUCAAGUUGCAUUCACAUGACGAUAGUAUUUGGUCCAACUGGGACUUGAUUAUAAUCACCUGGGCAGCGCUUAUUGUAAUACAGGGUAUUGAGGGCGGUGCUGGUGAAGCUGAUGUAUGA